GCGAUCCGAUACGAGUACAGAUCUCGCCAAGAACGAGACGGGCCGCAUCGAACGACUUUCCAAGGGCCAGACAUGUAAAGAGGGCGUACGAGAAAAUGAGCGUAGGAGAGGGACAGAAAAAAGGAAAAACAUGGACAGGCAGAUAUUCGGGGAUGCAAGCCCCCCAUGUCCCGAAAUAGCUUGUGACGUUUGGGCGAGCGCUAUCCUAUCGAUUACGACUCGCCCAUUCAAAUCACUACCCGCAACGCAUGAGAAAAAACAGAAAAAAUUUCUCCUUUCAGGCGGCCCAUGUUGUAAACCCAAACACAUGGGAACCAACGCAGAAAAUAGAGCAAAUAGAAACAAGAAUAAUGAUGGGGGGAAAAAGAGCGGGCAGAUAGUGAUGGCGAACGACGAAUAG